UCGUUAGUUAGUUCUUUCACAAACGCUCACCGAAGAGGUAAACGAUAUAAUCAUCAACACUCUGAAAAGAAUAAAAUAUCACUUUUUCAUCCGGUGAAGAGAAGAAAGAUAUAGCUACGCAUUUCCUUUAGACGACCGCCAUAUUGUUAAAAAUGAGACAAAAGAUUUCGAAGUGAAUUUUUCUUGUUUUACAAAAAAGUGGAAUUAAUAUAAUUUUAAUUUUAUUAUUGUUGAUUAUAAGAUCAACGUUACUCUCGUAAUUAAAAAAAAAUACAAAAACUGGGCUUAAGGGUUGAUCACUCACGUCAUCAAAUUUAUCAUACAUCAAUUUAAUGAGGCUCGAAAAUUACCAAAUCAGUGACAUGGAAGACAUAACCAAAACAAUAAUGUUCACAACAAAUACCAUACAAAACGGUCAGCCAACAAUUCAAUAUCAAACGGCCGAUGGGACAAUUUUAAAACAACCAAAAAUAGAGGGCCAAAAAAGUCAACAAGAUUAUCCAACAUUCUGUUACACUACCACCAAUGGUAAUGCGACAACUGUUAAUCUGGCACAACUUACUACAGACGAUAAUAAAACAUGUUAUAUUGCCCAACCCAUUGGUGGUUACAAUUAUGCAUUGGUGAAUCAAAUGCAGCUAAAUCAAGGAGGAACUGUGGGUAUCGCUACUGUUGAUAAUCAGGGUCGUUUGCAAGUUAUAAAUAAACCCAUUGCUGCCAACACAAUAUCGAAUAUUAGUUUUAAAUGCGAUGUUUGCGGUCUUAUGUUUUCCCAUUUGACUUUAUUAAAUCAUCACAAACGUAUUCAUGCUCAAGAUGGCAGCGAUACAAAUCAGGAUCAGAUCGCUGUGGUAAACGCACAAGGGCUUGUGCAAACCCAAAAUAUAAUUACCGAGAAUGGGCAACCCCUGGGCCAGAUACAAAUAGUUGCAACCGAAUCAUUGGAACCCGCUAGCUCACAUUCCAUGCAGCAAACGGCAAACGAAGUCACGGUUACAACGGCAAAGACCCUAACCCUAGAAAAGUCCAAAUGUAUAUCAUGCGGUGGACAAAUACUUCAGCCUACCAAAAGAAAAGGCCCGAAGAUAGUGCGAUGUGAUAAUUGUGCUAACAACGAUAAUUCAAAUGGCAAUAUGCAAACGCAAACGUCACAGGCGACGCCCACACAAAUAUUUGUGGCGCCUGAUGGAGAAAUAAAAUUCGAAAUGAAUGAAAUUCCGAGUGGAACAAGUGAAUCAUCGAUGGAUUCACUAAAUGCCCAAAACAUUAUUCCAAUACAACAAGGAAACGGCGGCAAUCAAUCGAACAGUGGUAGGAAAAAUCAGCACCAACAUCAACAUCAGCAACAGGAAAUUAUAACUGACAAUAGUGGAUGCAAUGAAACUAUAGUUGGCCAUCAUCCAGUUAAAAAGAGAAAUCUUGCAACAGUCACCAAGUGUCAAAAGUGCAAUGGAUCUGGGGUAAUAUUUGUAGGCGGCAGUCAGCGACAAGUCAAAUCAGAAACACCCAAACCUUUUACUUGCAAUAUUUGCGGAGGUACGUUUUCGAGGUAUUCCAGUUUGUGGUCACAUAAAAAGUUACAUAGCGGCGAGAAAAAUUAUAAAUGCACCAUCUGCGGUUUGGCAUUUGCAAAAGCGGUUUAUUUGAAAAAUCACGCUAGAAUUCACACUGGUGAAAAGCCUUACAAAUGCCAGACAUGCGGAAUGCAAUUCUCUCAAUCACCCCAUCUUAAAAAUCACGAACGAACCCACAGCGGCGAGAAACCGUAUGUGUGCGAAGUCUGCGAUAAAGGAUUUGCCCGCCAUGCUACAUUAUGGAAUCAUCGUAGAAUUCAUACUGGAGAGAAACCAUAUAAAUGUGACAUCUGUGGAUCAGCCUUCAGUCAAGCAGCCCACCUUAAAAAUCACGCCAAGGUUCAUUCCGGUGAGAAACCAUUUAAAUGUGAUAUUUGUUCAGCAGCGUUUGCUGAUCGUUUUGCUCUUAAGCGACACCGAGGAAUUCACGAGAAAUAUGGCCAAACAGCGCCUCGCCAUUCAUCUCAAUUACAAAAUCAUGACGAUCAAGGUCAGAUAACACAAUCAAUGGUUAUCCACAAACAGGAAAUGCCCGAAAUGGACGAUGAAGCCCAACACGAAGUCAUUAUUGCGGGAUUAUAAAAUUAGAUGCUUUAAUAUAAAUAUUUUAAAGUGUUUUUCUUAUAUAGUUUAAGAAUUGUGAUUUGUUUAAUUUCUUUCAAUUACAUUUUUCUUUAAGUUUGUUGUUCCAAAAACAAAAAAAACAAUUGAUUUUCUUUGUGAGAGGGAAUCGCAAUGUAAUAAUAUCAAUAACUUACAGAAAAAAUGGGCAGCAGCGGCAGAUUGAGUAGGAGGUUAAUCAUAUCUUUACAAAAUAACAAAACUGUGUUUUAUUUCGUAAUUAUAUAUUUGUUUUUAUUUUUAUAUUAUACUGAAGGAACCAGUUAAAUUAUAAAUUGAUUAAAUUAAA